GUGGAAGACCUCAGUGUCUCCAGCCGGCAGAAGAGAGCAGAGCUGUGGUGGAGGCCGGGAGGAAUUCAUGCCGACGCUUCAGAGUUUAGGCCAUGGAGAUCACGCUGAAGGCUUUUCCUCUGAAGGUGGUGAACAUCCCAUGGAGGAAUAACAACCUCAGCACUCUGCAUUCAGAGCCUCCUCUGUCUGAACAAGGAGAAACCGUCAUCGGAGUCUACCUGUUGGUGUUAGGGUGGCUGUCCUGGUUUGGAAACAGUUUGGUCAUAUUUGUCCUCUACAAGCAGCGGGCUUCACUUCAGCCAACAGACUUCUUCACCUUAAACCUCGCCGUCUCCGACGCCAGCAUCUCCGUGUUUGGCUACUCCAGAGGAAUCCUGGAAAUAUUCAACAUCCUGAGGGAUGAUGGGUAUUUGAUCACCUGGAUCUGGACCUGCCAAGUGGACGGCUUCCUCACGUUGCUCUUUGGCCUCGUGAGCAUCAACACACUGACGGUCAUCAGCGUUACAAGAUACAUCAAGGGAUGCCACCCUCAAAAAGCCCACUGCAUCAGUAACAACACCAUUGCAGUGUCUCUGAUCAUUAUUUGGGCCGCGGCGUUGUUCUGGUCUGUUGCUCCGCUGCUGGGAUGGGGCAGCUACACAGAUCGAGGUUAUGGAACCUGCGAGGUGGACUGGUCCAAAGCCAAUUACUCGACAUUUUAUAAAUCCUACAUCAUCUCCAUCCUCAUCUUUUGCUUCUUCAUUCCUGUUAUCAUCAUGCUGUUCUCCUACGUUUCCAUCAUCAACACUGUGAAAAGCACAAAUGCCAUGUCAGCUGACGGCUUCCUCUCAGCCCGUCAAAGAAAGAUGGAGAGAGAUGUGACGAGGAUCUCCAUUGUGAUCUGCACAGCUUUCAUCAUGGCCUGGUCACCAUAUGCAGUGGUGUCCAUGUGGUCAGCCUGGGGCUUCCACGUGCCAAGCAUAACCAGCAUCAUGACCCGUCUCUUUGCCAAGUCUGCGAGCUUUUACAAUCCUCUCAUAUACUUUGGCAUGAGCUCGAGAUUCCGCAAGGACAUCUCUGUGCUGCUGCCCUGCACCACCGAGGGCAGGGAGGUGGUGCAUCUGCAACGCUUCCAAAACAUCAAACCCAAGGCCGAGGCGCCACUUCCACCUGCACCGCUUUCAGAGCAGACGCCGAUGGCCAAGCCAGACGCCGGAGAGAUGAGCCAGAUCAAGGCCGACGGAGACUCGGGGGUCAACAGCGCUCCGGAGACCCCUCCACAGAUCUUUCACAUCGAUGUGCCCUCUCACAUUGAAACUUCAGAGUACUGGUGUGACCGACUCUGAGGACUGUGUCCAAUCACACUGAACCUUAAGGUGAGGUUGAGCAUUUCUGCAUGUUGUGGUCCUGCUGUGUUUGUUAACUGUGAGUGGAACUGUAAUAAAUGAAAGUAU